AUGGAGGUAGAGGACGAAAAAGAAAGUUUUGCCAAAAGAAAUAAGCAAGAGAAGUCGGCAGUCACCGUCCCUACAAAAAAGUUCGAACCCAGGGAGAACAAAGGACCAAAGAAAUUUGGGUCGCAACCCUUCAACAGUACCGUCGGAAAGCAAUUAUGA